UCUGAAAGCAUGGAGCUGCGGCGGGAAACAUGUCAAAACUAACAUCCGAAGAACUGUUUAAAAGUAAAACAAAAAUAAAAAUCUCAAAAGGCGGGUGUCCUGGCAAAGGUUCAUCAGGACUAGCUACUGAUGGGAGAUCAGAUGGAUUUAGCAACCGAGGGAGGGAGGAAAGAAGGCUCAAGAGCUACAGAAGAGGUCAGCGAUGGCAGCAUGUUUUCUACUGCGGUCUCAGAGGAACAGUUGGAGGAGGCACGAGAGAAAUCCCGGAGACGGCUUUUUGGGUCCAGCCGCAUCUUUGAAUUAGAAGAGGACAAGAAAGACCGGUUGGAGCUGUGCGGGAGGUCCAUCAUUGAACUCCGUGCUGCAGAGCACUAUGGGAGGGGUGUGGAGGCAGUGUCCAAGGCAGAUUGGGAGAGGGCUGUGCACUUUUUCACCAAAACCAUCAAUUUGCAGCCCCAGCAGACAAGGCUGUACGUGUGCAGAGCUGAAGCCUACCUGCAACUGUGUGACUUCCAGUCCGCUGCCUUGAACUACAGGAAGGCGUCUGCUCUCGAGCCACAAUCUGAGGCCUUCCACCUACGCCUUGCAUUCAUCUUCUACCUGCAGGUGGGUAGUUCCAUUUUCUUGGCCUGUCUGGCAGCGAUUGGCCGACAUAGUGACUGUCUGCGUUUGGUGAGCAAGCGGAUAGAAACAAAAAUGGAUGACCCUGAGCUGUACAUUCUGAGUGCAAGGCUGCACCAACACUUCAACCAGUUGACCAUUUGUUUCCACGAUGUGAAGGCAGCGCUGGCGCUGGCCCCAGACAUACCAGAGGGACGGUCUCUGCUGAUGGAACUGGAAGGCAGUGCAGAGCAAGCACGGAGGCUGGCACUGAGCAGGGCUGUGGCAGGGAACCUCCAGGAAGCCCUGCAAAAGAUCAACACUGCCCUAGAGAACAACCCUGAGGAGGUCCAGUACUAUCUCUUCAGAGGGACCCUGUACCGGAGGCUAAAGGACUUCAACACUGCGAUCGAUGACUUCAUCCUGGCUCUGGAUCAGAGUGGGGGUGAGGAGGGGAGAUCCGUGCAGGCUGAGGCCCAGAGGCAGCUGCUGCUGACCUACAAUGAUUUUGCAGUGCACUGCUUCACCCGUGGCUUCUAUGAGGAGGCAGUGAUGCUGCUCAACAAGGCCAUCGGGAUGGAGAAGCGCGAGAAGGGCCUCUACAUUAACAGAGGGGACUGUUUCUUCAAACAGCGAGAGCUGGAGUUUGCCCGGGCUGAUUAUCAGCAAGCCGAGGAGCUGGACCCAUUGGACCGGAGUAUUAAGAUCCGCUUCGCAGUGGUAUACAGUACUAUGGGGCAGAGGGACUACGAGAGUGGAAGUAAAUACAUUGAAGCCUUGGAAAACUUCUCCCAUGCUAUCCAGUACAAUCCCGGUGUGUCUCAAUAUUAUGAGUAUCGGGCCAAGGCUCGCCAGAAGCUUCACGAGGAGCAUGGGGCACGGCAGGACAUCAUAAUGUCGCUGCUACUGGACCCCAGCAAUGACCAGGCUGUGCCUCUGCUUUCUCGGCUCUACCCUGGGUGCACUGUCACAGAUAUUCUAUCCAGCGAGGCUGGGGAGAUGGCCAAAAUGAAGCUGGAUGUCAGCCUCCAAGCCUGUGGCCUGUAUGAAGAUCCCUCAAGUUUUAAAAGGGACCCCCACAAACCACCGCCAAAACAUGAGAAACCAAGUGAAGAGCCUGCUGACGCAGCGGACACCGAGAAUCGCAUCGCACCGUGCAUUGGAGAUACCAACCUAUAUCAUGAAAUUAUGAGGAGUAAAAUUAAGAUAAACCGAGUUGUUAAGUGUGCACUUCAGGAGCGCCGCUCCCUGCGUUCCGAUGGCCCCAGGGUGUCUGCUCUGGCCCGGCCAGCCUCUGCGGAGCCCCCACAGGAUGCAGACAGGCCCUACCGCUGGAAGAAGUUUAACACUGCCGUAGGGCUGCAGUUCAGAUAAUUGAAGACCCAGCACACAGUUCUCUUGAUGUGUUCAGAAUAAAACACCAAAACAUUCAUAAUUCAUAUAUUCAUCUGCUAACCAUGAUAUAAAAUGGAAAAGGUAUCGGGACAGAUAUUUAUAGCAUGCUACUAAUUUACAAGGCUGUCUUAAGCAAUGGAUGCACUGGUUAACAGCCUUUUUGGUUGUGUGAUAACUGUAAAGGAACUACAGUCUGUCUUUUAUAGUAACUGAAGUUUAGAAUCUCUUAACUAGCCUCUAAUGCAUUGCUUCUGAAUCAACCUGUAAAAGGCUCCAUCUCCUACACUUUGAUAAAUAAUUAAUAUCAAAAUAUACAAUACUCACAGGAAGAAUGCAAAUUAAAGAUUAUAUCAACAUA